AUGCUUUAUCCCUGGGUACUCGGUCUGCUGCUGCCACUUCUGCUGGCGAUAUCGGAUGGCGCCAAAAACUACCAUGACGCUCUAGGGAAGUCAAUUCUCUUCUACGAUGCUCAAAGGUCGGGGAAACUGCCCGCCAACAACCCGAUCCCAUGGCGAGGCGACUCGGCCGUUAACGACUGCGUACCCGGGGGAUGGUAUGAUGCCGGAGAUCACAUCAAAUUCGGUCUUCCUCUUUCUUAUACGGUCACCAUCUUGGGCUGGUCAUUGGUCCGCUACAAGGACGGCUACGAAGAGGCCGGUGAACUGGACAACAUGUAUGAUAUGAUUAAAUGGGCCUACGAUUACCUGCUGAAGGCCAUGGGACCCCAGCAAACAGCAUCUGACUGUUCAGUUCAGCUAACUGUCCAGGUUGGAGACGGUGACCUUGACCACGACUUCUGGGGUCGGGCAGAAGAUAUGACCAUGGCUAGACCAUGUAAAGUGGUCAGUACCAGCACCAAAGGCAGUGACAUCGCUGGAGGGACAGGAGAUACCAGCUACGCCAAUCAGCUUCUGAGUGCGGCCAAAAGUCUGUACACUUUUGCGAAGAGCCACAGAGGACUUUUCCAUGGAAGCGACGAGUUCUACGCUUCUAGCGGAGACAAAGACGAUAUGUGCGAGGGUGCCAUCUGGUUGUACAAGGCAACCAACGACGCCCAGUACCUCACCGAUGCCAAAUCGUUCGUGGAGACUGACACCGCCUGGGCUUAUGAGUGGGACGACAAGAUGGUUGGCUGUCAAGGUGACCAAGAGCAGCCAGUACAGAGAGGCUGUGGAAUCGUUCUUUUCACCGACGGCUGGUUGCCCAGUGGCGAUAUCGACUACACACCUUGUGGUCUUGCCUGGAGAGACAAGUGGGGAUCGCUGGGGUACAGUGGAAGUGCCGCGUACAUAGCUCUGGUGGCAGCAGACCUGGGGAUCCAGCCCGCCAAGUUACGCCAGUUUGCUGUGGAACAGAUCAACUACAUCCUUGGGGACAACAAGCAUGAUGGCGGCUGCUACAGUUAUGAAAUCGGAUAUGGAUCCAAGUACCCACUGCGCCCACAUCACAGUGGAGCAUCAUGCCCCAACCGUCCAGCCAGCUGUGACUUUGACCAGCUAGAUGCCCCGGGCCCCAACCCUCACGUGCUGACAGGAGCUGUUGUAGGAGGCCCCGACUCCAAUGACAACUACAAGGAUGACAGAAACGACUACGUGCAAAACGAGGUAGCUCUAGAUUACAACGCAGGAUUCCAUGCAGCCCUCGCUGGCAUCGCUCAUCUCCAGUCCACCAACCAGAUGCCAACCACUCAUAACAAAUGCCCAUGUAGCCAGUAA